CAGAGAGAGGGGGAGGGAAGCAGCAGUGUGCAGAGAGAGAGAGCUAGAGGCUCCGGGAGUGAUUGCAGAGAGAUUGAUGGUCUUUCCCCUGAUCAAUAAAACCACAUCCCUCUGUCUCUCUCUCUCUCUCUCUGUGUGUGUGUCAGAAUGUGAUUGAGAGCGUCCUCACAGACUGACCUCUGUCUUUAUAAAGAGGCCCAUGUGAAAAUCAGGAGAGAGAGAGGGAGCUCUGAGGAGGGAGGCAAUCCGGGGGAAGUGAACCCUGGGCUGGACAGAAUCGAGAUCCUCCGGGAAUGAGGAAGCCAAGAUUACUGCAAUGGUGCACACUGAGUGUCCUGUGGAUGUCUGUGGUGAUUCUCAUGGCGAUCGGACUGGCGAUCCAGACAUUAGGCAUCACAGAUAAAAAAAGGAUGGCCUCGGAUCAGCGGGAGCAGUCUCGGAGUUUGACGAUGACCCCCCGCAGUGACGGAGGGACUCCGCAGAAAUCCUGCCAGCCCAAGACGCACGUGAUGUUCCUGAAGACCCACAAGACGGCCAGCAGUACCAUCCUGAACAUCCUGUACCGCUUCGGGGAGGCGAGAAACUUAAUGUUUGCCCUGCCCAACUCCUACCAGUUUGGCUACCCCUUCCUGUUCAGUACAAGGAAGAUCAAAUACUACAGUCCAGCCAAGUUGCAGGAGUAUCACAUCAUCUGCAACCACAUGAGGUUCUUCAGGCCGCAGGUUGAGAAAGUGAUGGCAAAGGGGACCUUGUACUUCUCGAUCUUGCGGAGCCCGGUGACCCUGGCCGAAUCGUCCUUCACCUACUACAAGGGGACCAGCUCGGCCUUCAAGAAGGUGGAGUCGCUGGAGCAGUUCCUCAGCGACCCAUGGAGGUAUUACUCUGCCCGGGAGCGGGGCAACCAGUACGCCCGCAACCUGAUGUGGUUCGAUUUCGGCUUCGACCCCAACGCCAACGACACGGCCGACUACGUGGAGCUGGUCCUCAAGGAGAUCGGGGCUACCUUCCACCUCAUCCUGCUCUCCGAGUACUUCGACGAGUCCAUGAUCCUGCUGAAGGAUGCCCUGUGCUGGGAGUUCGACGACGUCGUCUCCUUCAAGCUGAACUUCCGCAGCAACGUUACGGUGAGGCGGCUGUCAGAGGACGCAACCCGACGGGUGAAGGCCUGGAACGCGUUGGAUUGGAAGCUUUACCUCCACUUCAACCGCACCUUCUGGCAGAAGGUGGAGGACUACGGCCUACAGAGGAUGAGGAGCGACGUCCUGAUCCUGAGGGAGAAGCGCAGGAGGCUGAUGGACCUGUGUCUCCAGGGAAGCAAGCCGGUGGACGCCAGCCAAAUCGAGGACAAGAACAUCAAACCCUUCCAGUAUGGCCGGGCCCAGAUCAUGGGCUAUAACCUGAACCCGAAUCUGGAUAACAGCACCAGGGAGAAAUGUUUACGGAUGGUCAUGCCUGAGCUCCAGUACAAGGAUCUUCUCGAUGCCAAACUGUUCCCGUUGACUCCCACUGUCAAAAGCCUACAGACGCCACAGAAACAUUUCUGAGGAGGGCGGCAGAGAGGCAUGUGUGGCUCCCUUUUGCCCAAGGGAAACAUCUUGCCUGGUUGUUGGCACCAGGCCCAAGAGAAAUCUCCCUAAAUGCCGCCACUCCUCCUCGCUGCCAAUCCCACAAUGCCUCCCCGGGGAGGGCGGCCAUGUCAAUUCCCGGCCUUCGUCCUGAUCUAACGCUUCAUUCUUCAGGGUUACCACGGUGGGGGGGUGGGU